CAGCUACGGAGCAGAAGGCAGAUCUACAAGGAAGGUAACUUUUACUCUGCCUUCACAAGAUGCCAAAAGAAAAUGCUCACUUCAUACAUGCCUACCUCAAGAAAAAGAAGUCUCCUUCUCACAUUAAGGCAGAAGAGGCUGCAGGAAUUGGCAUCUUGGCCGUGAUCCUGGGGAUUUUGCUGCUCCUUAGCUGCUGGUAUUGCAAGAGACGCAGUGGCUACAAAACCCUGAAGGACAAAAACUUUUGUGCUGGCACUGGAAAAGCCCUGAUGGGGAAUUACUACAGGGAUAAGGGUGCCCUCCCUGUCAGCAAAGGGCCCUUUCCGGAAAACAGCAACUAUAACUCUGUGGUACCUGAUGCUCCCCCAGCUUAUGAGAAGUUCCCUGCAGAACAGUCCCCACCACCUUAUGCCCCUUAAUGCUCAGCAAGAAAUGUUAGGGGCCUUGAAAAGAUCCUUUUUAUGCUUUUUCUUCAAUUCAUAUGAAAGGCUAAUGUUCCAUAGUAGUACACUGUAGAAAUAAAACUAAUUGUCAAAUUAUUCAUAGUACAGCUAUUGGUACUAAC